CAACGCACCAUAACUACUGUCAAAAGACUCUGAACUUACUUAGUUUAGUGAUCUAAAAGAUCUUAUUAGUUUACAGAGGGAGUAGGUAGCACAAAUUCUCUAUAAAAGCAUCAUCCUCGUUACAAACACAAGAAGAGACAUUUUGAGCUUCCAGUUUGUGCUGCUUUAGCUGCUGGAUCGUGCGCAGCAUGGACCAUGACAUGUCCAGGAAGCCUCGAGAUCAGCAGCACAAGAGCUGCAGGUCCAGGGCCCUGGUUCUACUUAUCGCCGUCGCCACCAACACCGCCAUCUUCCUCCUCUUCUCUGACACCAGCUCCGCAAUCGGCAUUCGCUCCGGUGAGCACGGCUUCUUCUGGAAGUCGACUAAGCUGUCAUUCCGCGACAUCAACAUCACGGAGUAUGCGCUGGCCGCUAGCCGCGACGAGCUCCUGCACCUGCACGAUCGCCUCGCCACGGCAAGCUCCCUUGUCGUGACGCUCCUGGGCAUAAACGACACUUCCAGCGACAUGGCAGCCGCCAGGGACGAGCAGAAGCAUGCGGGAGCCGACGGACUGUGGCAGCCGGAGCUCACCGGAGAGCUCCGGCUGGCCGUCGGCCCCCACAAACUGCCAUUAGGCUUCACGAAGAACCUGGGGUCCGAUCAGCUGUUCCCGGCGGUGGGGCAAGCGUGCCGCCGUUUCCCGGACGAGCUGGAGCGAUAUAUGAACUACAAGCCCGGCGGCGAGUGUCCGUCUGACGAGCAGUUCUCACAGCGGCUCAUGCUCAAGGGCUGUGAGCCACUGCCACGGCGGCGGUGCCGGACACGCAGCCCGGCAGGGUACGGCGAGCCCACACCACUGCCGGCGAGCCUGUGGUCCAUGCCGCCGGACACCAGCAUCAUGUGGGACGCGUACACGUGCAAGAACUACUCCUGCCUUGCUAAUCGCAGCAAGACCAAGGGAUUCUACGACUGCAAAGACUGCUUCGACCUGCUCAACGGCCGGGAGAAGGGCCGGUGGACGCGCGACGACGGUGCACUCUCAUACUCCAUCGAUGCCGUGCUUGCAACGAAGCCAAACGGCACAGUGCGCAUCGGGCUUGACAUUGGCGGCGGGUCAGGCACAUUCGCUGCACGGAUGCAGGAGCGUGGGGUGACCGUGGUGACCACGUCCAUGAACUUCGAUGGCCCAUUCAAUAGCUUCAUAGCUUCACGGGGUCUUGUCCCCAUGCACCUCAGCAUCGCGAACCGGCUACCGUUCUUCGACGGCACACUCGACAUCGUGCACUCGAUGCAUGUGCUCAGCCACUGGAUCCCUGAUGUGAUGCUCGAGUUCGCGUUGUUCGACAUCUACAGAGUGCUGAGGCCUGGAGGAUUGUUCUGGCUCGACCACUUCUUCUGCCUCGGCACACAGAUGAACACGACGUAUGUGCCCAUGUUCAAUCAAAUCGGUUUCAACAAGGUGCGGUGGAAUGCGAGACGGAAGCUGGACCGAGGGAUCAAGAUGAACGAAUGGUACCUUUCAGCGCUGCUCGAAAAGCCCACCACCUAAGUGACCAUUUGCUAUUUCACUCUCUGACAUUAUACUCCAGCAGUUUCAUCAUGAUGCAGGAGAACAAGUAGAUGAAGCAAUGUAUCCAUUCCACAAAUUAGUGGUGUACAGCAUUAGCAUAGACUGUACUUAUCAACACUCUCAAAAUCGAUCAUCUUGCCAUGAUCGCUUCAACUUAUUCUCAAACCAUGUAAACUGCAUAAUUCUUAGCCUACAUAUCAGAACUGCAAAACAGGAAUUGCCGUCUCGAAU